AUGUAAUAGCAAUCCUCAUUUAAUAACACAUGCAUCAAAAAUUUGAUAUCCAAUAAUUGCAAUUGUCAAAUACAUGAAUGCAUUAAAUAAAUCAUUAAUUUAAAGUCAUAGUAAUUCAAUAAUCUAAAUAAAUUACUUAACCUAUUUGCAUCACCAUACAAAAUUUGUGAUUAGCAUCAUUAUCCCUUUGAAUUUUUUUCAGAAGAAGAAAAUGAUAUGAAAUGCAAAUUUUGUCUAGACAGAAACAGCAAACUUUAAUUAAUUUAGAAUAUGACCAAUUAAGAAACUUAAAUAGAUCUAAAUCAAGGAUUAAUUGACUUUCCAAAUUCAUCAGAUUAUAUAGAAAACAGUUUUAAAAAAUUAUGGAAUCAAAAAUCAGAAGAAUUGUAAAAAGAUUUAGAAAAUACAACAGAAAUAGAGAAAAAGUGGAUGGAAAGAAAGAAAAUAAAAGAAACAAUUGAAUUUCUUAAAAUGACAUAUCCAAAAGAGGUUCAUAAUGAAUUUCAUGAUGCUAUGACAAAAAUAAAUUAAAUUGAUUAAGUUGGAAGUAAUUUUUCUAACUAUGAUGUAUUGAAAUAUAGAGAUUUAUUAUUAUAUAAAUGA